AAAAAUGUAAGUAAAUUUCUGUUAAUUAAUUUAUUAAUAAAUUGCAAUUAAUGAUUAAUUAUUUUUAGGUUAAUUAAUGGCGGACAGUAAAUUAAUUAAUAAUAAUUUAUGUGUAGAAGAUAUUCUAGAAAUUAAUUCAUUGCCGGAUAUUUCAUACGAUUUGACGGAGAGACGUUGCAUUAAUCCGGCAAUUUAUGCAGAGUCGGUAAAUAAUUUGCAGGGGAGUUUUGAUAAAAUUGAUUUGAAUUUAAAUGGCGGGGAAUUUAAAAAUGAAAAACGCGAUCUGACUAAUGGGUUGUCGAGAAGUUUUAGUGAAAAUCCUUGUAAUAAUUACAGUAGUAAUGAUAGUUGGAGUAAUUAUAUGAAUAAUGAAUUAUUGAAUACUUAUCGCUGUAACUCAUUGAGUUCAUUAACGUCCUCGAGGCCGUCGAUAAACUCCAAGUCAAGAUCCACCCGAGUUGAGCGACGUUGUAAAAUUAUUAAUGACUCUAAUGAUUUUUAUUUUGAUGGCGACCAGGAUGAAGUUCAGAGAUAUUCAGUAAAUGGUUAUAAAGUAGUCCAAAUAUCAACAUCAUUACCAAACUGCACUUCAAAACGUCCUCAAUCAUCUUCCGGUAAGAAAUUAGCUUACGAUGACUGGAUUGAAAAAAAAAGAAGUGAAAUUUUAGAGCAGAAAAAAAAAAUCGCUGAAAUUGAGUUAAACAAAAAAAGAGAGGAAGAAAAAUUACUGAAAGAAAAAGAGGAGCGUGAGAAGAGAGAAAGGGAAAAUUUUAAGUUGUGGGUUGAAAAGAAGAAACAAGAAGAUUUGAAAAAGAAAUUAAUCGCCGAAAAAGAAAUGGAAAUCGAGUCGCGGCUGGAAGAAAUCGAGGCCAAGACUGUCGUUGCAAAAGAAAUUUAUUUGAAGCAGUGGUGUAGGAAAAAAGACAAAGAGCUUAAAAUGCAAAUGAAUGAAAAGAAAUUAAAAAACCAACAACUGGAAGCUGAACAAAAAAAAAGAUUUGAAGAAAGUGUCAAGGCAUUUGAAAAAUGGCGGGAGAAAAGUAAAAAAUGUCCCAAACCUGCUACUCAAGGUCUUCUGCCUCAUCAACAAGCGACUCCGGCAUAUGUUAAUCCCGUCCCUUGGAUUGAUACCACAGAGGAAAAUAUUAAUUUGUCUUGAAAAAAAAAUUUUUUAUUUUCAGGUACAGAAAAUUCUUUUAUUAUCAACACAUAAAUAAAUAGUAAUUGAUAUAAUUAUAUAUUAUAAAUAAAUAAAUAAAUAAAUUUGUUUAAAAAAAAAUAUUAUUAUUUAGGCAUCGUUUGCUCUUCGUCUUGUAAUCUUUGAAUGUCCGUUUUGU